ACCCAUUAGUGUCUUUCGUGUCUUUCUGUCACUUAAUCAAAACAAAAUUCAAACUUGUCAACAAAUUUCACUUGCCAGUUAAAAUUUAUUAAAAUUGCUGCAGGAAUUACAAAAUUAAUACUGAUUACGCUGAUUGCUUUCUUCACUCAUUGCUUUUAUUUAAUAAACUGAUAAAAAUGGCGCAAAAUCUCUCUCCUGUUGAACGAAAACAAGUUUUGAACCGCUAUUUAACAAGAGCACGAGCUCUACAAGAUGCAAUUGGUUCUAGAACAUUGGUGAAUUUAAAUGAAUUUACUGAAAAGGAAGAUGCUGUAAUGGAAGAAACAAGUUUGGAAGAAAAAAUUGAAAAUCAAGUGGAAGUGAUAUUGGAUUCAGAGAUUGUAGGCUGCAUUUCGAAGAUUAUUGAACAAUGUACAGUCACAUUACUGAAAGAUGCAAACACUUAUAAUUAUGAUGAUUACGCAGAAAUGAUACACGAUUACGUUCAACAAAUGUCUGAUACAAUAUCAGACGAACCGGAAAAUUUAAAUUGGCGUGCUCUGGAAGUUGAUGUUGAAAAAAUUUUUAAGAAAACCCCAUAUUCUUCAUCUCUUUCAGGAGCUUUGAAACCAUUGCCAAAAAAACCUAUUCAAAGAAGAGGACCACAUAAAAGAGACGCACGAGCUGUUACGAAGAAACCGGAAAACGUCAUUUCGACUGAAAAAAAUGAAGGAAGUGUUGAAGAGACUGUUGAGAAAAUCAGAAAAAAAAUUAUUCAAUAUCAAAGAAUAAAUCAAAAACCUCUUGAUUACUUCCAGUUGGUUUUACAUCCAACUGAUUUUGGGCAUACAAUUGAAAAUGUAUUGCAUGUUGCCUUUUUGGCUCGUGAUGGAGUUAUUCAGAUCAAAAAGGAUCAAUCUACAGGAGGAUUAUUAAUAGAACCUUGCACAAAAGAUAUGGCACAACAAGCUAAAAGAAUUGGCAAAUCAUCGGUUCAAAACAUAAUUAAUUUAAAUCCACAACAGUGGAAAACUUUAGUAAAGUAUUAUAAUGUCAAAGAACCAAUGAUCAAUUUUACUGAGGAAGUCCUAUAGUAUUUAUCAGGUUCUACCAAAAUUGAAAAA